AUGGGAAAUCAAGAAUCAAGAGGAUAAGAAUUCAUUGAAUAGUUUACUAGAAAUUACAAAUUUGAAAAGGAAACUAUUGAUCAGCGUCUUGGAGACAUAAAAGUAUAUAAUAGGAUAUUCGAAGAAAAGGACUAAGUAGCUAUAAAGGUAUAUCCACGUUUGUAGAAAGUUAAUUAGUUAAAUACAUAUGCUGCUUUUUUGAAUCAUAAUGGAAAUUAUAUUGGCACUAAUAUUAAUGAGCAUCCAAAUUUAAUUAAGUUAUAUGCAUUUAAAUUGAGUGCAGAUGAAGAAUUAACUCUCUAUUAUGAAUACUGCUACACUAAUUUGAAGGAGUAAAUUGAUAUGAGGGCUGCACACCAGUUUAACUUCUCCUCAGAAGAACUAUGGAGAACUAUCUUAAGUGUAGUCAUGGCAGGUUAUUUUUUAGAAACUCAAAGCAGACAUAUAGGAGAUGUAAAUACAAAGAAGAUAUUUAUAAAUAAGAAAGGAAUAGUCAAAAUAGCUCCUUAUAUGUAGUCAUAAACAGAUAUUGAUAGUUUUAAGAGGGCAGGAUUCUUUAAUGAAUAUGGAUUCCUAUCGCCUGAAUGCAUGGAAAAAUUCAAAUAGAGAGAUAUUUUGUGUUAGAUAAACUACAUCAAAAAUGAUAUAUUUGGGUUAGGAAUGUCUAUUUUAGAAAUGGCCACUUUAUAGGGAUCAUCUUCUUUAUAUGAUUGGGAUAAGUAUGAAAUUAAGUUUGAAAUUUUAGAAGACCGUCUAGAAGAAGCAAGAAAAAGAUACGGAGAUUAUUUGUACUAAUUUGCUUAGAAACUGCUUUAGAAAGAUCCCUAUUAGAGAUCAACAUUCAGUUAGUUAUUUACUGAAUUGCUGCCAUAUCAAUAGUAAAUUAUAACAGGAGUAGGGUUUUCAGAUAUAGAAAUAUUUAAGCCUAGUUUAAGUUUAAGUGGCUUUGAUUCAAUUAUAAAAAAGCUAGAAGGUUAUAACAUGCAUUUGAAGUAAGACUCUUUAAAUCAAGGAUAGAUUCAAGGUUAAGUCACAACAAAGAUUUCAAAUUUACCCUCAAUCUAUUCAAGUUCUGAAUAGAGUAGAAUUUCUUCAACUAUGAAUUAGCAAUUAAAUACAAACAAUCUUUAUCCAUAGUAAGUAUAAAUUAAUCUAUCACCGACUUUAAAUACACCAAAACCCUAUACCUACUAACUAAAACAACCAGCUUAGGUUAUUCCUAAUGAAUCAAUAAAGUUUAAAACAGAAGAAUCUGAAAGCAGUAUCAAAAAUAAGUAAUAUAUUUAUGAACCUACUUAUGUGCAUCCUCAAAAUAUUAAUUAAGCAUAUGGGAGUGCUAACCAGAAUGUAACAAUUGUAAAUAAUACAAAUAACAUCGAAAGUAAGCCAUAGCCGUUUAUUCAAAGCUUAGAAGGUUUUAAUCCGAAUAGGGAAAACAUUCUAAAAUAUAAAGUGUCUAAUGUUUAUAGACCAAUGAAUCCAGAUUAAAGAUCUCUUUCACCAUCACCUGUUCUUCAUAUGCAAUUAGGAAAUAAUUUAAAAUUUAUUCAUUAGACAACUCCGAUAUCAAGCAAAGCAGAAUAGGAAGUUUUUAAAAUGACACCUUUUGUAAAAGAACAAGGAAGUGCUACAGAUAGAAUAGGAAUAGUUUAAAAGAAUUAAAUAAACAUUAAUGAUUAUAAAAAAACACCAGUGCCUAUCAAAACAAUUACUCUGAAUAACAUUUUAAAUUAAAAUGUGAGCGCAAAUAGUAUUAUAACCUAGCCUGGCAAAAUUUAAACUCAAAACGUCAUUUUGAAAAACAUAAGUUAAGAAAAUAUUUAUAAUGGAAAACUCAACCAAGUUUAAGCAUUUGAAAGUAAUUUAGUAUCUAAAAAAGUAAAAGAACCAAUGCAGGUUUAAAUAAAUAUUCCAGUUCAUAGAACAAACAGAAAUAUGAUAAUCAGUCCUUACCCUCAUAGUUAAAGAUCAUCUUCACCCUCCCAUUUCAUGAUGCAGCAAAGAUCAAUAACUCCAAAUGUGAGAUCUACAAUUUCAAACUAAUAAUAUAUUAUAGUCACUCCUUAAUCUACGAAUUCCUAAAAGAAGGCAAUAACACCAAUUAUAAAUGGAAGUAGUGUUCAGACAACCUAAACUAAGUUGAACGAACAAGCUAUCAACGAUACAAAGUUAAAAUAAAUAUACAAGCCUGAAUAUGUUAAUAAUCUUUCUCUUCCAGCUGAAACUAUUUCUCCUAGAUUUAAUACACCAGCUAACAUUUAAAGCAAUAAGAGCAUGAAUUUCUAAGGAUUUUAAACUGAUAGAUAUGAAAAAUUACCUACGUUCUAAAGCUAAUAUGAGAAUAAAUAAACAUAAUAUAUUAUAUAAAACUCAUCAAGUUUAAUUUAAAAUAGCAACAAAAAUAAUGAGACUAAUCAACUUCAAAUUAAAAAUAAUUAUUGA